AUGGCGGAGAAGACGACGUCCGCAAACGACAGGAGACGUCGAUCGGAAGCCCACCCGCCCAGGACGAUACGCGAACGCUUCCUCCACUCGCUGCCGUACUACACGGGGCCGUACGGCGUGGGCUUCCUCGAGAUCGAGGCCCCGGCCCGCCAGCCGCGCACCUUUUCCGAGCUCAGGCGCGACAACGUUCCGCUGCUGAGGCUCGACACCGUGCUCUUCUCCGUCUACUACCCGUGCACACUCAAGACCAAGGCCAACGACGACCCGGCGGCGGCGGCGGCUCCCGGGCGUCAGGACGGCAGCGCCAAGAAGGAAAAGAAACAGAAGCUCUCCCGGGUGGGAUGGCUCCCGCGCCCGCGUGUGCUCACGUGCAAGGGCUACGCCAAGUUCAUGAGCGUCCCGCACCUUCCCGUGACGGCGUACAUCGCCUCCACGUCCAUGUUCACCAAGCUCCCCGCCCUGCGGAACGCGAAGCUGGCGGAGAACUGGCCUGAGGAGAUGCUGGGCGACGGCGGGCCGGCCGGGAGGGCCGCCAGGAAUGAGGAGUCCACGUCGUCGGCCAAGCCGAGGUUCCCCGUCAUCAUCUUCAGUCACGGUCUCGGCGGGUCGAGAAUGAGCUACAGCUCCAUCUGUGGAGAGUUGGCGAGUUACGGCUUCAUCGUCGUGGCGGUUGAGCACCGUGACGGCAGUGGUGCGAGGACAUAUGUCAACCUCCCGGAGCAUCGCGAGGUCUCCGACAGCGACUCGUCGAUAACGAACGCCCAUGUCAAGAGCGUCAGCGCGAAGAAGGUCAAGAACAAGAAAAAAGGGAAGGAGGGCAACGAUCAGCAUUAUUGCGUCGACUACCUCUUCCCCAAAGACAACGCCCAGGACACGGCACCCCACAACGCUCGCGGGGUCGACACGCAGCUGCGAACGGCACAGAUUCAAAUGAGAAUGACGGAGAUGGAGGAGGCGUAUCGUGUUCUGGGGUACAUCAACGAAGGCCGAGGACACGAGGUUGAAGCCAUGAACCUGAGGAGGAAGGGCAAUGUGGCCUCCAGCUCCAAAGGUCUGACGGGAAUCGAUUGGAGCGACUGGAAGGGGCGCAUGUUUCUGGAGGAUGUGACGAUCAUGGGCCACUCGUUUGGCGGAGCAACGACGGUCGAAAUGCUAAGAACAGAGUCGCUCAGCUGGGUCGGUCAAGGCAUCAUCCUCGACGCUUGGGGUCCCGCCACGCCUCACCCGGGAGAAGACGCUAGACAUCGCGUUAAGAAGCCACUCCUGUCGAUCGGAUCGGAGGCCUUUAUGCACUGGCAAGAGAACUUCGACAGGCUCGUCGACAUCUGCAAUGAAGCCAGGGGAGAGGACGCACUGACUUGGAUGAUGACCAUCCGGGGGUCAACUCACCUUUCCCAGACCGACUUCGCGAUCCUGUAUUCCACCUGGAUGGACCUGCUGAUGAAGACGCUGGUUAACCCGCUGAGGGCAAUCUAUCUCACGGUCUCGCCAGCGCUCGAGUUCUUGAAGAUUACUCUGCCUCCAGAACAGACAAAGUACAACAUGUGGGUGGAUGAAAAGAUUCUCAAGACAGCAAAGUCACCGUCAGCACCAGAUGCUGUAGUGACGCAAGAUCACCGCCCUGACGACAAGUGGAUUGCGGUUCGGCUGAAAGUGGACAACGAGGCCAGCCUCCGGGUGAAGAAUUGGCUUCGGCACAAAAGGCGAGUGUUAUUCCGCAAGGGAGGAUCCGGCUUGCCUCCGGGGCUGAUCAACUGGGGCGAAGGCAACGAGCUCCUCAUGCAUUUCAGCCCAGGGAGCGAGCUUGUCGAAAAGUACGUGCGACAGCGAGAGCGUACGACGGAUUAA